AUGAAAACUAUUUUGGAUAAUAUUGAUAUAGGGUCACCAAUGAGUACAAGUAAAACUAAUACUCUUGCAGAAAAGAAAAUAUCAGAAGGUGUACACGAACAAGGAAUAAAAGUUGAAAAAACAAAGGGAGAUGAUACAUGCAAGGAAAACUCUGAAGAUAGAAAUAAAGGAGGAAAAGAAGCUAAGAACACGAAAGAUGGAGGUGAAGAUAAACAUAUAAAAACUGAGAAACGAAAUGCAGAAGAUAAAGGAAAGAAAAAGUCAGAAAAUGAAAACAAGAAAGGAGAAAAAUGUGAAAAAACAAAAGGAAAUAAAGGAGUUGUCCAGACAAAAUAUGGUCAGAUAACAGAAAGAGCAGUUAUGGAAAGUCUAUAUGCAAACACAGAGAUUUUUAGAGAAGUUUUAGACACUUGGUCUGAUUUACUUAACCACCAAGAACUGGAAAGAGAUUUUGGAAAUUCACCAUACAGACUCUUCUUGAAAGUUGGAGUUUCUACUGCUUAUCUAACUUCAACAUUGUCUGAUGAAAGAAAGUAUGAAAAAAUCAAGGAGAACUUUCAUGAUAGUACCAAUGGGUACAAAAAAUCUUGA